CGAUCUAGAGGAGAAUCAAUCUUACGUAAGCAGUAUGAAACAUCACGAUCUGUGUUUCGAUGUUUGGUCCUUAUUGUUCGAGAUGCCCUGCUCGAGCCUUUCGUUGGCAAGGAUCCGAGCCAGCAUGAAAUCAAUUAUGAUCAUCAACGUGAACAGCUGAUAUCCCCCGAAUCCUGCAACCUGACGUACUGGUUGCAUAUUUGCGACCUCGCGGUAUGAACAUCUCUCCUUCGCUUCUCCCGUCAUGGCCCUUGUCUUGGGGUCUCACCGCGUCUCAGUGUCAUCUUAUAGCUUUGAUAUUCGCCUCGAGCUACGUUGGAUCCAUCUACCUCACUCAACAUGUCUUCCUGCCUCGUGCUAUCCUCGCUUCUGCCGCAGCCACCCAGGCGAAAGCGGCUCAGGGAUCAGCAGCAAAAGCGUCGAAUGCUUCCCAUGUCGACGUGUCAUCGAAAGCAUUUCGAGAUGAUGACGACGACGAAGACGACGACGAGGAGGAGGAUGAUGCGCCCAAGCUUGGGACUAGAGAUCAUCCGACGACCAUUCGUUUGCGAAUGAAAGCCGUCGGAAUAGCGACCGUUUCCAGUUUGUUAAUCGUAUGGAGUGUAGUCAAGCAUUUGUCCGGGACUUCAUGGACAGAAUCGCUGUUGCCGACGAUCCGUCUCCUGGGUUUGUCCAUACCCUCCUUUUCUUGCUUGUCGUGGACAUGGAUUUUCCCAUACCUCUUGACUCCCAUACUGUUUCUUGGACCGUUGUUCGCCGAGUACUUGGAUAGAAGCCUACCAUUUCAGAGAUCCUCCUCCUCGCCUCUGGCUCAGAAAUUAAUCCAACUUUUUGACUUCAGCAUUAUAGAUUAUAGAAACUACGUCGUGGGCCCAAUCACCGAAGAACUCACAUUUCGAUCCGCCAUUAUUGCAAUCUUCCUCCUAUCGCAUGCCUCGCCAUCUUCCAUUGUAUUUGGAUCUCCUCUGUGGUUUGGUACAGCCCACAUUCAUCACGCAUGGGAAGUCUAUCGCUCAGGAGGAUCAACAUCGCAAUCUGCCCAACGGGCCGUAUUGACUAGUCUGAUUCAAUUCACCUACACCACCCUGUUUGGCUGGUUCGCUUCCUACCUGUUCAUCAGGACCGGAUCGGUCUUUCCUCCCCUUGCCUCGCAUAUCUUCUGCAAUCGCAUGGGUAUCUACCUCCCUGGUCGAGCAGCCAGACGUCACCCAAGCUCGAAGACAGCCAUCCUGUGCGCCUACGUCGCAGGUAUGGCCGGCUUCAUCCUGUGUCUAUGGGUAUAUUGAUGUCUCCCGUCUGAAAUCCAAGUUACUACAUUUCAUUGCAUAGCACGAAUCACAUGCCCGACUCCCGAGGUUCACAAGACCUACCCCGAAUGGCGGGGGAGCCAAGAUCUAGAUCUACUCAACCUUGAAAGCCGACGAAAAGCUUAUGACCUGAUUUGAGUUCGGAAAUCCCGUCUUUCCACACCUUAUGUAUGCUCAUUCGCCCCGGCCGCCCCGAUUCGGCGGCGCUUCAGGAUGCUUGGCGCUUCCUAGGCAACGGACGAUCUUACGCCUCUCUGACAUACCCAGAGACAAACUUUAUGCUUCUAUCAGAUCUGCAUCC